AUGACAACGGUAGUCGCGAGUAGAGCUUUUCGCUCAUUCGCCAGGGCACCUUGGCUAGGGGUUUGUGUCCGAAAUAAUUCUACAGCUACAGCUAAGCUGAAACCGAAACCAGGAGCAAAAACGGAAACUCGUGUAGCUUCUAAAGAAUUACAAGACCGAAUCGCAGCUAUUCCCAUUGAAAAUUACCGAAACUUUUCCAUUGUCGCCCAUGUGGACCAUGGAAAAUCAACUCUUUCUGAUCGUUUGUUAGAACUGACAGGUGUAAUUACACCAGGCGAAAACAAGCAAGUUCUCGACAAAUUAGAUGUGGAACGAGAGCGCGGUAUCACUGUCAAAGCACAAACAUGUACUAUGCUGUACAAAUAUAAAGGCCAAGAUUAUCUUUUGCAUCUUGUGGAUACUCCUGGACACGUUGAUUUCCGAGCAGAAGUCUCACGCAGUUAUGCUUCGUGUGGUGGUGCCUUGCUAGUUGUAGAUGCAAGUCAAGGAAUCCAGGCACAAACUGUGGCCAACUUUUAUCUCGCAUAUAGUUUAGGGUUGAAGUUGGUUCCUGUGAUUAAUAAAAUUGAUUUGGAUCAUGCAAAUAUUCCUCGAGCAAAAGAACAGAUUGAAGAAACGUUUGAGUUAGAUGCAGAAGAAGCGGUGUGCAUUUCCGCUAAAACAGGCCAAAAUGUCGAACAAGUUUUACCAGCAGUUAUCGAAAAUAUACCCUCUCCUAAAGUCCAUAUUGAUUCUCCUCUUCGAUGCCUUCUUGUUGAUUCAUGGUUUGAUAGUUAUGUCGGUGUUGUUCUCUUAGUAUACGUUGUUGAUGGCAGUGUUAAAAAAGGACAAAAGAUUAUUUCAGCUCAUACUAAGCUAAAGUAUGAAGUUAAAGACGUUGGAAUCAUGUACCCAGAUAGGCUUACGACACCGGCUGGUUUGCGAGCCGGACAGGUCGGAUACAUUGUACCUGGAAUGAAAGAUUCUACAGAUGCUCAUAUUGGUGAUACAUUUAUGCAUAUGGAUCAAAUAGUUGAACCGCUUCCAGGAUUUGAAGAGCAAAAACCAAUGGUAUUUGUGGGCGCUUUCCCAGCCGAUGGUGUCGAUUUUAAGUCAUUAGAUGAGUCACUUCGUCAACUGUGUUUGAAUGACAGAAGUGUAACUCUCCAGAAAGAAACAUCAAGUGCAUUGGGUCAAGGCUGGCGUUUAGGAUUUCUUGGAACUCUUCAUGCUUCAGUUUUUAGAGAACGACUGGAGAAAGAAUAUGGUGCCAAUAUUAUUAUUACUGCACCUACUGUGCCCUUCAAGGUUUUGUGGAAAGAUGGAACAGAGACCAUCGUUUCUAACCCUGACAAUUUCCCUGAUAGCGGUGCAUUGUCACAGAAAGUUGCCAGCCUUCAGGAACCUUAUGUGGAAGCACUUAUUUCUGUUCCCGAAGAAUAUGUGGGGACUGUCAUUAAGUUAUGUGAAGAUAACCGUGGUGAGCAGGUUAACAUUCAAUACUUGUCAAAUCGUCAAGCACUACUAAAAUAUCUUUUGCCUAUGAGCCAGCUCGUUGACGACUUUUUUGGUAAACUUAAAGGUCUUACUAAAGGCUACGGAUCUUUGGACUAUGAAGAUGCGGGAUAUUUACCAUCAGCUAUUGUUAAAAUGGAGCUUGUGGUGAACGGGCGGAGCGUGGAUGCGCUGGCGCAAGUUCUGCACCGAUCGCAAGUGGAAAUCAAGGGUCGAGAUUGGGUUAAGCGAUUUAAAGAGUAUUUAAGUAAGAGUCAACUUUUCGAAAUUGUGAUCCAGGCAAAGACUGGAAAUAAGAUUAUUGCCCGCGAAACCAUCAAAGCAAAGCGCAAGGAUGUACUUGCUAAGCUGCAUGCUUCAGAUAUCAGUCGCCGCCAAAAGCUUCUCAAGAAACAAAAGGAAGGCAAGAAAGUGAUGCGAUCUAUUGGUAAUGUUCAAAUUCCUCAAGAAGCAUAUCAGUCUUUCUUAGCAAAGCCAAGUUAA